AUGGCGAUCGCCAUCAAGGAAAGCUCCCUGUGGGCGAAUAGAAAAUGUUUACUUAUUUGUUGUGCUGUUGGCAUGGCCAAUAUGCAGUAUGGCUUUGACAGUGCAGCAAUCGGUGCCCUUCAGGCCAUGCCCGGCUUCCUCAAGGUGUUUGGAUAUGCGGAUCCCAAACUCCCCUCAGGUUAUGGAAUUGAUAAAACCGUUCAGCAGCUAAUCGCCUCCCUUCUCACUCUUGGAUCAUUCGCGACGUCCUUAAUUGCUGGGUUUUUCGGCUCCUAUUUCGGUAGAAAGCCAGCCCUCUGGGCUGCGUGUUUACUCAAUGCCAUCGCUUGUGCUAUUCAAAUCUCGACCACCAACAAACCUGCAUUAUAUGUCGGCCGCCUAAUCCUUGGGUUCGCCAACGGAUUUUUCGUCACCUUCUCCAACGUAUAUACCGCCGAGGCGUCUCCCGCCCAUCUACGCGGUGUGAUGGUUGCUAUGUUUGCUUACUGGGUGAACGUUGGUUCAAUUCUCGGGUCUAUCGUUGUCAACUACACCAAAAGGUCGAUGACAAAGUCCUCCUAUCAGAUCCCCAUUGGCUGCCUCUAUAUCGUUCCAACCAUCCUCUGCAUCGCGCUAUUCUUUGUGCCAGAAAGCCCCCGUUGGCUGUUGUACCGAGGGAGAGACGCCGAAGCUCGCAGGUCUCUAGAGAUUCUAAGAGGCGGUAUCGACCAAACCGAUAUCGACCUUGAAUGGGCAGAGAUGUUACGCGGUGUUGAAGAAGAGAAGAAGGCUCUUACUACUGCCCAUUUCUGGGAUAUGUUCAAGGGUGUCAAUCUCCGUCGAACUCUUCUCUGUUAUGGAAUGAUUGCAUGCCAGACAGCAAGUGGUAUCUGGUUCCUCAUCGGUUACCAAACUUACUUCCUCACGAUCUCCGGUGUCGGAAGAGCUUUUGAGUUCUCCAUCGUGUCCACCUGUCUUGGUUUCCUCGGUGUCAACUGUGGCAUGUACGCUAUGCGUCAUUGGGUGGGCCGUCGCUGGAUUCUCAUAAUUGGUGCCGUUACUUGUGGUCUCAGCCAUCUUUCCAGCGCCAUCGCUGCAACGGUGCGCUCCCCGACUGACCCCGUAACUGGCAAAGUCCUUGUGGCCUUUACUUGUCUGAUCAAGUUUUUCUACAAUGGCUGCGUCGGAGGAGCUAGUUAUCCUGUUGCCACCGAGGUGGUUAACUCUCAGCUCCGUACCUGGACCGUAGGCACAGCGACCUCGAUCGGAUACCUCCUUGCAUGGCUUACCAGCUUCUGUUCUCCAUACUUCAUUAACCCCUCAGAACUCAACUGGGGCGCUAAAUACGGCUACAUCUGGGCCGGCUCCAACUUCCUCUGCAUCAUUUUCUUCUUCUUCUUCAUCCCCGAGAUGAAGGGACGUACGCUUGAAGAACUUGACGAGAUCUUCGCUGCGAAGGUAUCUGCUCGCAAGUUCUCGGCCUACGAAUGCCGCAUCAAGUACGAGGCUGAGCGCGAUGUAAAGGGUAAGGUAGAGGAUGUAGAUGCCGUGAGUGUGCACGUGGACGACGAGAAGCGGGAGGAGAAGACUGUUUAG